GAAAGUCAAGGUAGAGCAGGUCCCUUUGCGGCCAUGUCGGCCAAGGCGAUUUCGGAGCAGACGGGCAAAGAACUCCUUUACAAGUUCAUCUGCACCACCUCAGCCAUCCAGAACCGGUUCAAGUAUGCCCGGGUCACCCCUGACACAGACUGGGCCCGCCUGCUGCAGGACCACCCUUGGCUGCUCAGCCAGAACUUGGUGGUCAAGCCAGACCAGCUGAUCAAACGGCGUGGAAAGCUGGGCCUCGUUGGGGUCAACCUCACUCUGGAAGGCAUUAAGUCCUGGCUGAAACCACGGCUGGGACAGGAGGCCACCGUUGGCAAGGCCAAAGGCUUCCUCAAGAACUUUCUGAUCGAACCCUUUGUUCCCCACAGUCAGGCGGAGGAGUUCUACGUCUGCAUCUAUGCUACCCGAGAGGGGGACUAUGUCCUGUUCCACCAUGAAGGUGGGGUGGACGUGGGCGACGUGGACACCAAAGCCCAGAAACUGCUCGUUGGCGUGGACAAGAAACUGAAUGCUGAGGACAUCAAGAAACACCUCUUAGUCCACGCUCCUGAAGAGAAGAAAGAGAUUCUGGCCAGCUUUAUCUCUGGUCUCUUCAAUUUCUAUGAGGAUCUGUACUUCACCUACCUCGAGAUCAACCCCCUUGUUGUGACCAAAGAUGGCGUCUAUGUCCUUGACCUGGCGGCCAAGGUAGAUGCCACAGCCGACUACAUCUGCAAAGUGAAGUGGGGUGAUAUAGAGUUCCCUCCUCCCUUUGGGCGGGAAGCUUAUCCAGAGGAAGCUUACAUUGCAGACCUGGAUGCCAAAAGUGGGGCGAGCCUGAAGCUGACCUUGCUGAACCCCAGGGGGAGGAUCUGGACCAUGGUUGCUGGAGGUGGUGCCUCUGUCGUGUACAGUGAUACCAUCUGCGACCUAGGGGGUGUCAAUGAGCUGGCAAACUACGGGGAAUACUCAGGCGCCCCCAGCGAGCAGCAGACCUAUGACUAUGCCAAGACGAUCCUCUCCCUCAUGACCCGGGAGAAGCACCCAGAUGGCAAGAUCCUCAUCAUUGGAGGCAGCAUUGCAAACUUCACCAAUGUGGCUGCCACAUUCAAGGGCAUCGUGAGAGCAAUUCGAGAUUACCAGGGUCCCCUGAAGGAGCACGAGGUCACGAUCUUUGUCCGAAGAGGCGGCCCCAACUAUCAGGAAGGCUUGCGGGUGAUGGGAGAAGUCGGGAAGACUACUGGGAUCCCCAUCCAUGUCUUUGGGACUGAAACUCACAUGACAGCCAUUGUGGGCAUGGCCCUAGGCCACCGGCCCAUUCCCAACCAGCCACCCACAGCGGCCCACACUGCAAACUUCCUCCUUAAUGCCAGUGGGAGUACCUCGACUCCAGCCCCCAGUAGGACGGCAUCUUUUUCUGAGUCCAGGGCUGAUGAGGUGGCACCCGCAAAGAAGGCCAAGCCUGCCAUGCCACAAGAUUCAGUCCCAAGUCCAAGAUCCCUGCAAGGAAAGAGUGCCACCCUCUUCAGCCGCCACACAAAGGCCAUCGUGUGGGGCAUGCAGACCCGGGCUGUACAGGGCAUGCUGGACUUUGACUACGUCUGCUCCCGAGAUGAGCCCUCCGUGGCCGCCAUGGUGUACCCUUUCACCGGGGACCACAAGCAGAAGUUUUACUGGGGUCACAAGGAGAUCCUGAUCCCUGUCUUCAAGAACAUGGCUGAUGCCAUGAAGAAGCACCCAGAAGUAGACGUGCUGAUCAACUUUGCCUCUCUCCGCUCAGCCUAUGACAGUACCAUCGAGACCAUGAACUACUCACAGAUCCGGACCAUUGCCAUCAUAGCUGAAGGCAUCCCUGAGGCCCUCACAAGGAAGCUGAUCAAGAAGGCAGACCAGAAGGGAGUGACCAUCAUUGGACCUGCCACUGUUGGAGGCAUCAAGCCUGGGUGCUUUAAGAUUGGGAAUACAGGUGGGAUGCUGGACAACAUCCUGGCCUCCAAGCUGUACCGCCCUGGCAGUGUGGCCUACGUCUCACGUUCUGGGGGCAUGUCCAACGAGCUCAACAAUAUCAUCUCUCGGACCACUGAUGGCGUCUAUGAGGGUGUGGCCAUUGGCGGGGACAGGUGCCCUGGCUCAACAUUCAUGGAUCACGUGCUACGUUACUGGGACGCAUGGAGCUCAAAAUGAUUGUGGUUCUUGGAGAUCGGGGGCACUGAGGAAUAUAAGAUCUGCCGGGGCAUCAAGGAGGGCCGCAUCACCAAGCCCGUGGUCUGCUGGUGCAUUGGGACCUGUGCCACCAUGUUCUCCUCUGAGGUACAGUUUGGCCAUGCCGGAGCUUGUGCCAACCAGGCUUCUGAAACUGCAGUAGCCAAGAACCAGGCUUUGAAGGAGGCAGGGGUGUUUGUGCCCCCAAGCUUCGAUGAACUGGGAGAAAUCAUCCAGUCUGUGUACGAAGAUCUUGUGGCCAGAGGAGUCAUCGUACCUGCUCAGGAGGUGCCGCCUCCAACGGUGCCAAUGGACUACUCCUGGGCCAGGGAGCUGGGCUUGAUCCGCAAACCUGCCUCAUUCAUGACCAGCAUCUGUGACGAGCGAGGACAGGAGCUCAUCUACGCGGGCAUGCCCAUCACCGAGGUCUUCAAGGAAGAGAUGGGCAUUGGCGGGGUCCUUGGCCUCCUCUGGUUCCAGAGAAGGUUGCCCAAGUAUGCCUGCCAGUUCAUUGAGAUGUGCCUGAUGGUGACGGCGGAUCACGGGCCAGCCGUGUCUGGGGCUCACAACACCAUCAUCUGUGCUCGGGCUGGGAAGGACCUGGUUUCCAGCCUCACCUCGGGGCUGCUCACUAUUGGGGACCGGUUUGGGGGUGCCCUGGAUGCAGCCGCCAAGAUGUUCAGCAAAGCCUUUGACAGCGGCAUUAUCCCCAUGGAGUUUGUGAACAAGAUGAAGAAGGAAGGAAAGCUGAUUAUGGGCAUUGGUCACCGAGUGAAAUCGAUAAACAACCCAGACAUGCGAGUGCAGAUCCUCAAAGAUUAUGUCAAACAGCACUUCCCUGCCACCCCCCUGCUUGACUAUGCGCUGGAAGUCGAGAAGAUUACCACCUCGAAGAAACCAAAUCUUAUCCUGAACGUAGACGGUUUCAUCGGAGUUGCCUUUGUAGACAUGCUUAGAAACUGUGGGUCCUUCACUCGGGAGGAAGCUGAUGAAUAUAUUGACAUUGGAGCCCUCAAUGGCAUCUUUGUGCUGGGAAGGAGUAUGGGCUUCAUUGGACACUAUCUCGAUCAGAAGAGGCUGAAGCAGGGGCUGUAUCGUCACCCUUGGGAUGAUAUUUCAUAUGUUCUUCCGGAACACAUGAGCAUGUAA